GCGAAUAUGUAUAUGAGAUAUAAGCACUAAAAAAGAAGAAUAAAUAUAAUACAGGCUAUCUAAUUCAUAUUAUCAGUACACUAAGAGUAGAAAUCUGUUAGGUAUAAUAUCGUACAAUAAAACUAUACCGUGACAGUUUUUUACAUUGGUUAAUAAUAUGCUGACUCUAGUGAGAAAUGAUAGAUGUGAAGAUAAAUACUCUAAUUGGCAGUUAAUCUGACUAUACCAUAUACUUUCUAUCACCUUUACUUCUCCGUAGUUCAGAAAGUUACUUUAAUUACACUGCUUUUGCUCUCGUGAGUCCUCUCCUAUCGGUCGCAGCUGCAGCGGGAAAUGGAAAUUUGAAGUUCAUUGCACAUAUAACAAGGAAGUUGGCUUUUCGUCAACGGAUUACAUUGGAGAUUUAGGAAAAUCCUAUUUUGGAAAGUAUGACAAAAGCAUGACGAUGAUAAGAGAGAGAACUACUACAGGAUAACUAGUGUGACGAUAAGGACAAUGGAAAGAAGGUAGUCUAAGACGGUAAGAGUAACAACAAGGAUCUCAGAUCUCUCAAGACAAAUACGAAAUUGUACGAGGAUUUAGUUCAAAAGUAUGACAUCAAAGAUAUAAACGAAUGUAUGUUUUGAUUUUAUACUAGCUAACAAAGUCAUAGGAUUACAAAAUGACCACAAAGAGAACAAACACAUUAGAGAAGAUAAGACAUACGACAACAAAGGUUCAAAGACUAUUGCUGGAGAUUUGAGUUACGAAAAGUCCACGUAGAUGAAGGUAAAUAAAGUGGAUAAGAAGAUUAAAGAGAUCACAAAUACAAUGACGAGAAAUGAGGGAUAUAUCACAAAGAUGACCUCUAUCAACGAAAGGCAGAAGACUAUUAUAAGAAGUCAGAUGCUUGAAAGAAGAACACAAAAGAGUAUUAUUCAAAACGCGCUAAGAGGGAUCAAUAACGUGACAGAAAAGGAAGACAAUUGAGAAACAUGUUGUGAAAGUAUACGAUAAAAGAAUCUAAGGAUAGUGAUAAUAUAGCGAGAAGUAAUUAAUUAGAAUUUGUAAUAUUUGAUCGAUGAGUUGGCCACUAGGA